AUGGACGAGACUUUGAAAGAUGACAUUGCUGUCAUCGCCACGCGAAUGGCUCCACAAGGAAGCAUGGACUGGCAGGAAAGACCAAGCGUUGGAGCAGGACUUGAGAACUUAGGCAACACCUGCUUCCUUAACGCAGUGCUGCAGUGUCUGACCUACACACCCCCUCUCACCAUCUACCUGCUCUCUGGGGAGCACAGCCAGUACUGUCUUCUGCCAUCCUCCUGCGUGUUGUGCCACAUGCAAAAGCAUGUUGACUAUGUGCUGCGUCCUGGAGUCACUUCCAUCGUGCCUGUGGACAUCAUCAGCGUUCUCAGCUACAUAGGACAGAACCGUUUUAAGAUGGACCGUCAGGAAGAUGCGCACGAGUUCUUACGGUGCACCCUUGAAGCCAUGCAGCUGGCUUGUCUGCCUGAGACCGUCUUGUGCCUGAGCUGCGGAAGGGCUUCUGAGCGCUUUGAGCCCUUCCUGGAUGUCCUUCUGGACAUAAAGGCAGCCGCAUCUAUCACUGAAGCGCUGGAGAACUUUGUGAAGCCCGAGCAGCUGGAUGCCAGAAGCGGCUUCAGAUGUCGCCUCUGUGGCCAGAUAGCUGCCGCCACCAAGACCUCAACCAUCCAUUGGGCACCUGAGGUUCUCACACUGUGUCUGAAGAGGUUUGAAGAUUCCACCGGCGUGAAGAUCACCAAGGUUGUGCAUUAUCCUUCAUACUUGGAUCUUGAGCCAUACAUGUCCCAGGCAUCGGAAGAACCAGUCCUUUACAAGUUGUAUGCUGUCCUGGUGCACAGAGGUCACACCUGUCACUCGGGACACUACUACUGCUACAUAAAGGCCCGAGAUUCACUGUGGUACAAGAUGGACGAUUCGUCUGUGACACAUUCUGACAUCAACACAGCUCUCAGCCAGGAAGCCUAUUUACUGUUUUACCUCAGAUUAGGAAUGAAAGCCUUAGACAUCCCCACGGCUUUGAACAUGGUCCAGUGA